AGUGGAUGUCAAAUAUUAGAAAUGUCAGCCAUUUAUGCAUGAAGUAGAUGUACGUUUAUCAAUUUUUGUUUGUAUACAAAAAAUUAUAUAAUGAAUGAAGUUUUUUCUCUGCAAAAACGUGAGAAAUAGCUUGAUGCUAGUUCCAAUCAAAAAAAGAGAAGAAGAAAGUAAUCUGGACUUUACUAGAUUAUAAAUUCUUAUAAUUGAAAUAUUAAAAGCUUUUGAAGCUUUGCCAGAAAAAAGUUGAUUUUUAUAAUGGGAAUUCCUGGUCUAACAACAUAUAUAUCAAAUGAUUCUGAACGUUACCUGGAGAAUUAUGCGCUACAUGACAGUUAUUUAGUAAUCGAUGGCAACAGUAUAUGUUGUCAGUUGUAUAUGUGGUAUGCAAAAUGCAAUUGCGCUUUUGGUGGUGAUUAUGACAAAUAUGCACAAUGUGUGUCGGACUUUUUCCAUGAACUUUUAUUGUGCAAUAUUACUCCGCUAGUUUUGAUUGAUGGUGGCUGUGAAGACAAAAAGCUCAAGACUAUCAUAUCUCGAACUAAGGAAAAAAUCAAUAUUGCAUCAUAUUAUACUCUGUCCUCGCAACAUAGGACCAAAUUUUUUCCUUUGCUUAUAAAAGAAGUUUUCAAAGAUGUGAUGAAUGCGAAAGGCAUUAGAUACGCACAAUGUAUAUUUGAAGCAGAUAAUACGAUAGCUGCAAUAGCACGUAUUCUUAAUUGUCCUGUAUUGAGCUAUGAUUCUGACUUUUAUAUUUAUGGAUCAUUAUACAUACCGUUUAACACAUUAGAAAAUAAUGUAAUGCGUAAUCCAACAGGAAGGGGUUACAUAAAACGCUGUAAAAUUUAUUACGUUGAGAAACUUUUUAGGGUUUACCAUGGAUUAAAUCAGUCUUUGUUGCCAUUAGCAGCAAUAUUAUUGGGAAACGAUUAUGUGAAGCAACACACAUUUAAAAACUUUUUCCGUCAUCUGAAAUUACCACAAAUAGGCAAGAGAGCGUAUAAUGAACAGCAACGACGUAUAGAUGCCACAUUUAAUUGGUUACGAAGACACAAUUUAAAUCAAGCUAUAGUAGGAAUAUUAAGUAGAUUACAAAAACGAGAGCGCAAACAUGUAUUAAAUACAAUAGAAAUGAUAAUAAAUAGUUAUAUUAAUGCAUCAUUGAGCGUAUUACAUACGUUAGGCGUUCCUGCAGAAAUCUUUUCAAAAGCAAUUAUACAAAAUGUAUCCAAAACAUAUAAGUUUGAAGGUGAUAUAUAUAAUCUGACAUAUAUUGACGAAAAGGAACAAAUGAAUGAAACAGACCCAAGUGACGAGGAACAAAUAGAGGAUAAAGAAAUAACAAACAUACUUAAAGAAAAGCUUUCUAAUGAAUCUUUGAUUAAUAAUUGGCCUCAAUGGUUUAUCAAUGAAUUCAAACAAGGCAGAUAUCCUUCCUAUUUCAUAGACUUAAUAAUAAGAAAAUUGUAUGUUUGUCCUGCACAAAUUGAAGACUAUUUUUAUGUAUCGUCUAUCGUUGCGAGUUUAAAAAUUAUUGGUGUUAUUUACGGAUUACUGAUGUCAGGAGUCGAAGAAAGAAAAAUCGAUAUGGAAUAUAUGACUAGAGAUGAGAAUAAGAAAAUAAAGCGUUAUCAAUUAGAGUAUAGCGAUAAUAUACUUGGUCAUACUCUACCAUCUUUAUUUAGCCUAAGAGAGACACCCAUUGUCAUCAGAAGGGAAAUUUUAAAUAACACUUUAACAAUUGCUUAUGCAAGUUACAUAAAUGAAAUCCCAUCGAAUUGGAUGUUAUAUAUUGCAACCAUGAAAUACUGGAUAUGUCAACAACAAGAGCCAUUUAAGUUCAAUUGUCAUAUCUACUCUUUAUUGUUCGCUAUGUUGUUUAAUAUAAUAGAUAACAAUAUAGGAUUCUACAGAGUUUUAAACAAAUUUUAUCAAAGAUUUAACAAAACUAUAGAAAAUAUUCAAUAUGCAAGGAGAAUGAGAAAUUAUCAACCACAAUAUUCAACUGAUGUUACACUUACAGAUGCAAUUCACGAAGUUAAUGCAGAUGAUUGCUUGAUUGCAGCUGCAUUCUUCAUAUCUAAUUUCGAAACGGAUCAAAAAUUGCAUCAGCAACCGAAAAAAUUUAAUGUUACAAUAGUGCAUGGUUUCGCAGAGUUUCAAAAUUGUUUGAGACACAGCAUGAAUUUAAAUGCCUUGUUGGAAUAUCCUUAUGAACAAACUAAAGUUGCUAGUGUAUUCAAUGGUACAUUAUUGUACAACUUAUGUGGCAAUUUUAAAAAACGCGACGAUGUUGAAGUUUACGUUAAUUCGAUUUUACAAAAGUCCCCAAGUUUAUUACGUUUAUUUAAUGUACUUUUAUUAAAGGUAAAAUGUUUGCUUGGAACAGCAUUAGACAGAAAAAUCGAUAAGUAUAAGAAGCAAAAAACAAAGAGAUAUAAAAAAAAGGAGCCUAGCACACAGGAAGAAGAUUGUGAAGAGAAAACUAUAGUACACAAAAAUACUAGCGAAGAAUUCUUUCAUGAUGUAAAUAAUCCUUUUUCCGUACUUGGCACUGCACAGCAUUAAGUUCUUCAUUGUACAUAAGAAAUUGUCGUAAUCUCUUCGUUUCGGACGUGAUAUCGAUCCUUUGGUGUCCACUUUUUUCUUUU